AUGGGAAUUCCCUACCUGACCAAGCAUCUUCUCCCCUACGCCGAUUCGGUCCUGCUUGGCGGGGGAUCGGAUGACCAGAAGCUUGACGAGACCCCUCGAGUGCGGUCGGUAGUGAUUGACGGUCCAAGUCUGGUAUACCAUGUCUACUACCGAUUGCUCGCCUGGAUGAGCCCAGUGCAUGACGUGCUCGAUGUACAGCCGACCUGCAACGAAGUGAGUCGAGCGGUAGUGACCUGCCUUUUGGAAUUGCAUCGCCAAGGCAUCGAAAUACACAAAAUCUGUUUCGAUGGGGCUCUCCCUGUCUCCAAGCGAGAAACCCGACGAGCACGAAUUGAAAAGUCUAGGCAUCGACUAGAGCUGUCUCGCCGCAGAGCUCCCACUUCAAGCAAUGAGUGGCGUAAAGAGGUGAUCCUCCCUCCCAGGCAGCUGUGGCAGGGGCAAAAUCUCCCUGCACGUUGGAGAAAUCUCCCGGAGAACCCCUUUAUGGUCUCUGCGGUCUUCGAGGAUCUGCGGACUCGAUGGAAUAGAGAGCAGAUCCUGCAAGAGACUCAAUGUGACCCGAGCCAUCUUCCAAACGGCGAUUAUCCCUGGGUGGAGAUCACCGUCAUGGUUCCAGGGGAGGCAGACGUAGAGUGCGCCCUUGUGUCAAAGCUCACUGGUUCGGCCAUUCUCACAAACGACUCGGACUUGAUAGUCCAUGAUCUGGGGUCGCACGGUUCAGUUGUAUUUUUAAACUCCGUGCAAUCGGUCGAGGACCCUGAAGAUACAGCCCAUCCAAAAAUUAGCGCUAUGAGAUUGCAUCCCAGCGAUCUCGCCCAUCGACUGGGGAUUAUCAACAUCCCGCGUUUCGCCUACGAGUUGAACGAGAACCCCCAUCUUGGUUUCUCAGAACUCCUCCGCCGGUCCAAGGAUAACCAAGAGAUGACGAAGAACCUUGAAAAAUAUCAUCAUUUUCUUCGAGAAUACCAGCCUGACAUCAAUCGACCCUUGGCAGUCCAAGGCGGUACCUACGGUCAGAAUUUGGACGCUCGAGUAUCAGAGCUCGUCUGGCAGUACAAGCUCCCCGAUGCCUUUUGUGAAGCCGACCAACCGCACAUAUACCUUGGAAUUCUCUUCGAGGACCAUUCGCGGCGAUGUGCAUGGGAAUUAGGUCGCUUUUAUCGGACCUUGGGCUACUCUCUCCUUAACCAGGCUCAUCCGCGGACAAGGCAAUUUACUACCGUCUACGAAUUUGUCCGCCGAGGAACUCGAAUUAUCGCCGAGCAAAUCAUGCUAGGCGGCUCAAAGACCGUGAUUUCGGACCUCUCAACGCUCCAAAAACGUCUCGACCUUGCUCAGAAUGUUUUUGGGGCCGACGAUCAGUCAACCUUCUGGGUGAUGUUUGCAGUGGCUGAAAUCUAUCGUGAUCCCUCCAGCCAGACCUCGCUUCCAAGCGCCGUCCAGUUAGAGAGAUUCCUGACCAAAGGAUUCCUUGGGCAAGGAACUGAAUGGGUAGAUGUUCACCUUCUCGCCCAGAUUCACGCCGUCUUAUAUUCACUUCGAAUGUUACAGCAACUCUUACGAUUCCUACCCGAUGAUGAUCUUCUGGGCUCGAGUCGGCUCAUUUUAAACAGCCUACCCCCUUUAUACAGUCUUCUACCAUCACGUCGAGAAAUCAUCCAAAAAUUCUCAAUCGGCCAGCUUGCCCAUCGCUCGGUCUAUCAACUGAUUACGACAUAUGGAUGA